AUGGCUAAAUACAGAAACCGGUUGCCUCAACUUUCCGAUACCUUCUUUACUACCGAAGGUGGCCUUGAGACUGUACUUAUCUAUGAGGAAGGUGUGGAACUUCCCGACUUCGCCGCAUUCCAUCUAUUGGAGGAUGAAGCCAGAUGCGAAUGGAUAAGAAACUAUUUACGUUCGUUCUUCAACAUUGCUCGAAAACAUAAUGUUGGAUUCAUAUCAGAAAGUGUAACAUGGCGUGCUAAUCCUGAUUGGAUGCGAAAACUUGGUUAUUCUGAUCAAGACUUAAUUAGCGUGAACCGCAAAGCCAUCGAAUUACUAUCCGAAAUUCGCGAUGAAUAUGAAACGGAAAAAACUCGGAUCGUUAUUGAUGGAUGUAUUGGUCCACGCGGAGAUGGAUAUAAUCCUACGAUGAUUAUGUCGGCUGAAGAAGCACAAGCGUAUCAUGCGACACAAAUCGAUGUUUUUAGUAAAACUAACGCGGAUAUGGUGAGCGGCUUGACAAUUACAUAUCCUGCAGAAGCUAUUGGAAUCGCAAGAGCUGCAAAGGCAGUUGGCAUGCCUGUCGUAAUCUCGUUUACGCUCGAGAUUGAUGGUAGAUUGCCGACAGGACAAACCCUGAAAGAGGCGAUUGAACUAGUGGAUGAAGCUACUCAGAGUGCACCCGCCUAUUAUAUGGUAAAUUGUGUACAUCCCAGCCAUUUUGAGCGUGCCUUAAUUCCUGAUGGAACAUGGACAGAUAGGAUUCAUGGAAUUAAAGGUAAUGGUUCAAAAAGGAGUCAUGCUGAGCUCAAUGAGACUAAAGAACUUGAUCAAGGAAAUCCAGUGGAAUUCGGUAAGGAUAAUCGAGCACUUUUAAGUAAACUCAAGAAUUUGAAUAUAAUCGGCGGAUGUUGUGGAACAAAUCACCGUCAUAUUGAAGAAAUUUGCAAUGCAUGCAUCAGCGUAUUCAAUGGAAACGUGGUGAUCAUGCCGAAAUCCAACCAACACCAUCAAUAA